AUGAAAAUAUAUUUGAAAUCUUAUAGAUCAAUUAUCUUUGAAUUUUAUCUAUUAUUUAUUAUAGUUUGUCAGAUAAGACAUUUUGUAAGUUGUGCUGAUCAUUCUAUUGGAGCAGUAGGAGGAAAUGAUAAUACAUUACCUGAAGAAACAGAUACAUCAAGUGUAUAUAUUCUUAAUAUCAGCUUUGUUGAAAUAAAUGAACUCUAUUAUCAUUUCGCAGAUGGAAAUUAUGAAUCUUUUUGUCGUAAAAACAAUAAUUUGUUCAAUAAAAUAAUCAAAUCAAAAGUUAUUGGUAGUAAGGAAAUUUGGGAAUCAAAAGAUAAUAAUCAUUGUAAGUCUGUAAGAACAUUUAAGGCUGUAAAUGGACAUAAAUACCUUUGUAUUAUACUAGAGUCAGAUGAUUUUGUAUUUCUUAGAAAAUUAGGUAAAGGAAAACCCUACGAAGAUAUUACUCAUACUAGAAUCAAUUUUUCAAUAUUGAAAUUUUUUUUCUUUGAUAAAGGAAAUUUUUCAGAAUUUGUAAUAGAUAAAACAAAAAUAAAUAUAUAUAAACUGAAUCUUGUUUAUGAAUUUAAAGAUGGAGUGAAUUGUCAUAAGAUACUUUACUCGGAUAGAGUAGUUUAUGAAUAUGAAUUAAAUCCAGAGUUUGGAUUGUUAAAGGGAAUAUACCUAGAUCUUUUAAACAAUGAUUUUAAUAUUGUUAACGAAAAUGAUACAUCAAAGAAAUUAGAUAUGGAAGCUGGUAAGUCAAUUCCACAAAAUGUACCAAUACAUCCUAAUCAUUAUCCAAAGGAAAUUAAACUAAUUGGAUAUCAACCUGUAGAUCCAUUUGAUCCAUUUAAUUCAGCAAAUUUUUCUGAAGUUUUUUCUGGAAGAUAUAGUGUCACCAUGGCUGAAUUAGAAUACGAAUAUAGCAUAAGUUCUAUAAAAUGUUCCAUGGUUAAAUAUAAUGAUACUACCAUUUGGGAAAAAUCUCAUGAAUCAAAUAUUUAUCCAAUAUCAAUGAAAUUAGUUAGACUAAAAAAUGUUAUAUUACUUAGGUUUGCGGAUCACUUUAUUAAAUUAAUACUAAAGGAUAAUCAGUGGGAAUCAAAAAUAUAUCAUUAUGAAAAAAAACUACCUGAAGAUGAAACUAUUGGUGCCGUAGGAGGUGAAGCUGCUCCUGCUGUAUAUUUGAGUCCAGAAGAAUUGAAUGCUGUUUCUCAAUGUAAAAAAAUUGAUAUAGACCUUGAAAAAUCUAUAAUUAACGAUUAUAUUGAACGUUAUGAAGAUAUUGAAACAUCGAAUGGUGUUUUUCAGGCAAAAGAAGGAAAUGUAUUUAAUUCAAUAGUAUGUAGUAAUGAAUUAAUUUGGCAAGCUAGUGAAGGAAAAUUUUGUAAAAAAAUAGUUGUACAAAGUUUUAACAUAAAAAAAUGCUCAUACGUAUCAAUUUUCAAUGUUGAUGGUACUAUAACUCACUACAAAAAAAUCGAUAAUGUUUGGAAAGAAGGAGGAACUGCAAUUAUAUUUUACUUGCAAGAACAAAAAUCUCAAUAUAUAUAUAAAUGUGAAAUGAAUGAUGGUGUUCUUAUUUUUACUACAACAUUCAACUACGAAAUAUUAAUGGUAAAAGAUGAUAAUCAAAGAAUAUGGCAAUCUAAAAAUAGAUCUGAAAUGGUAGUAAAAAUUAUAAAAAAUUAUGAUCCUUUAAGAACAGUUACAAAUUUUAGUUUAUACCUUGUCAAUGGAAGUAUAAAACAUUUUGAAAAAGUUGAAAAAAUAUGGGUAGAAGUGGACAAUAAAUCAUUAUUAGAUAUUGGAGUCAAAAAAACAACAUUCAAAUUUGAAUAUCAUGAUGGACGUUCAUACAAAUCAUAUUCUCGUAGACAAAACUUUUUAAUCCAGAAGGUUGUGAAGAAAUCCCUGGAGAUCUGGGAAUCUAAAGAGGAUGAUCACGGACUCAAGGCAAUAUUGAUGGGUUCUGGUAAGGAUGAGAAAUUCCUGUCAAUUCUCCUGCAAAGUCUUAACUUUGUACUUCUUAGGAAGUGUGGUCAACGUAGGCCAUGGGAAAAUAUCACACAUACAAGACAUAGAAUGAAUGAUAUGAAAUUUCUUAAAUCAGAUGGUACAGAAAUUGACAAGACUGAAUAUCACGUAGACUUAUUAAAGACUUCAUUCUCAUACAUAUUUAAACCACAAGUUGAAUGUCACACAAUUAAACAUAAUGAUAGGGAAUUAUGGAAAUAUGAUGAUCCAGAAACCAGAAAAAGAUAUCCAACCAGUAUAAAUCUUGAAUUGACUACAAAUGAACUAAAACUUAAAUUUGAUUACAAUAUAGAAAAAAAAUUAAAUAUAACUUAA